AUGUGCAAUUGCCAGCUUGAGAGACGGGAACUGUUGGAAGAAGAGCCUACCGGUUAUAAUAAUCUUGGUGGGUCAAAUCCUAAUGGAGAGGAUCAGAAAGAUAAAGCAGGUUUGUUCAGUGUUGUUGCAGCUGUGCUAUUAGACCUGGAGGAAGCUACAGAUGGAUUCAAGGAAGAGCUGGGAAGGGGAGCUUUUAGUGUUGUCUAUAAAGGGGUCUUGGGUUUGGAUUCUAAACUUGUAGCUGUAAAAAAGACAACACAGGCUCUUGAAUUGGUCUACGAGUUCAUGAGCAAUGGCAGUUUAGCAAGCUUCCUUUUUGGAUCUCCAAGGCCAGAUUGGAACCAGCGAACCCAGAUUGCAUUCGGUAUUGCAAGAGGGCUUAUGUAUUUGCAUGAAGAGUGCAGUGUCCAGAUCAUCCACUGCGAUAUAAAGCCUCAAAACAUACUUCUCGACGACUCUUAUACAACAAGGAUUUCUGACUUUGGAUUGGCCAAGCUCUUGAUGACUGAUCAGAGUCGAACUAACACGGCCAUUAGAGGGACCAAAGGCUAUGUUUCACCUGAAUGGUUCAGGCACAUGCCUAUCACAGUUAAGGUAGAUGUGUAUAGCUUUGGUGUCAUGUUAAUGGAGAUCAUCUGUUGUCGGAAAAGUGUUGAACUAGAAAUGGGUGGUGAUGACGAGAGAGCAAUUCUGACCGAUUGGGUUUAUGAUUGCUGUCGAGAAGGAAGGCUAGAUGCUCUGGUGGAAAAUGAUAUGGAAGCAAUGAAUGAUAUUGGAAGGCUAGAGAGGCUAUUGAAGGUAGCAAUUUGGUGUAUUCAAGAAGAGCCAUCACUGAGUGAGACCCACUAUGAGGAAGGUUGUACAGAUGCUGGAAGGAAUUGUUCAAGUUUCUAUGCCGCCACACCCUUAUCUUUUCAUCUCAGUUGUUGAAA